AUGUUUGGGUACAACAGUGUCAAGCUACGAUUUAAACGCCACGGGAAUAUGGCAACGCCUGAGAGUGAAAUAUCCGAAUCUUCGGCAGGUGUCAAAAUAAGCAGUGUUUUCAGCUUAUGCCAAAGAAAUUACUUGAGGAUGGGUAAUGUCCAGUUAUCAUCCUCAAUGAACGGAAAUGAGACGCCUAGAAAUACUAUCCAUCGUUAUAAUUUAUUUUAUCUUUACCUUGGUUGCUCAAAUAUUCAUCAAAACAUCAUAUUCUUUCAUUCUCGAAAACCAUUUAUUAUUAGAUUUCAUACUUUUACUAUUGGUAGAGCAUCCGUAGCAGAAGCAGUGCAAAUUGACAUUAAAUUAAGUGCUCAUAAGCCACACCUGAGGUUAAAAGAAGUAAAAAAAAAUGGAGGGUAG